CUCGUUCGUUCGAGGCGUUGUGUGUUUUGAGCAUGAGCCUACCCUCUGUUUUUGUCGGUCCUAGGAAACAGAGCAAAGAUCGGUUCUGAGAAGGGUAGGCAGGGACGUGUAAAGCUUGAGGUUUGAAUGGCAGAAAAGACCCGUUGUCGGCACGCGAGUCUUGCGAGUUUUACAGUGACGCGAUGGGGGUAUGGGUUCUCUCGCGCUUUCCUCUUUCUACAGUUUUACGGUUUUACACUUUGAUCGAUUGUCUUCGUGAUGACUUUGGAACUAAAUACAGCGACAGUUGCAGAACCAUAUAAAAAGCCCAAAGAAGAAAACAGACGACUUGUUUUAGUGCUCUGACGCAUUUCCCUUGAGCUCUCUCUCUCUCUCUCUCUCGUGUGCAUACUUGGAUCAUCCACCGCUUUGGAAGUGAGCAAUGCGACGCAGAGCAGAGGGUGAGCUCGCCGCUUUCAACGAUGGCUGCAAGGAGAACAAGAGGGUCAGCAGCACUAGCAUGCUCCUGUGCUGCAAGCUCUACAUAUCUGAAUCAAGAAACCGCGCCGUACUUGACUCCAUCGAACGGGCGGCCCGCCUCGACCCGGAGACCAUCGUCGUGAAUAAGUUUGAGGAUCGGGCUUACAACCGCAUCAGGUACACUCUCGUGUCCUACGUUGUCCAUGACUGCACAGGCCAGGCCGUGUACAGCCCCUUGCAACAAACCGUCAUUGCCAUGGCCGAAGCCGCAUUCGAGGCAAUAAACUUGGAACUGCACUCGGGAGCCCACCCUCGGCUCGGGGUGGUGGACGACAUCGUCUUCCAUCCGCUCGCCCGAGCUUCUCUUGAUGAAGCGGCUUGGCUCGCCAAAGCUGUGGCUGCUGACAUUGGCCUCAAACUCCAAGUACCGGUGUACCUGUAUGCUGCUGCGCACCCAACCGGAAAGGCCCUAGACACCAUCAGGCGUGAGCUCGGCUACUACCGGCCCAAUUUCAUGGGCAACCAGUGGGCUGGAUGGACGAUGCCCGAAGUCCUCCCUGAAAGGCCCGAUGAGGGCCCGACACACGUAUCUCGAACGAGAGGCAUCACCAUGAUCGGAGCCCGGUCAUGGGUUGCCCUGUACAAUGUCCCCAUCCUGUCGACAGAUGUGUCGGCCACCCGGAGAAUAGCCCGUAUGGUGAGUGCUCGGGGAGGAGGGUUACCGACGGUGCAAACGCUGGGCUUGGUUCACGGCGAAGACUCAACCGAGAUCGCUUGCAUGCUACUGGAGCCCAACCAGAUUGGAGCAGACCGGGUCCAGAACCGGGUCGAAAUGCUAGCAGCCCAGGAAGGAUUGGAUGUUGAGAGAGGAUAUUUUACCGACUUCUCACCAGAAAUGAUAAUAGAAAAGUAUGUGAAAUUAGUGUCUUCCAGGGAAGACUAGGCUAAGAUGGGCUUCCAGUGACAUCAACAAUAUCUGCAUGUUAUUGCUCACAAUGGUGGAACUGUGAAUUUAAAUUAUGACUUUGUUGACAGUAA